AUGUCACCAUCUAAAAACAACUUGGAACCCACUCUUCGCGAGCGAGCCUUACAGACCAACAAAUCAAACCCGUCUCAGCUCGGAGAUCCCAUUUCUCUAAAAGCAGAGACGUCGUCAACAUCCCCAACUUCUGAAGACAAUGGGGCUUCCUCUUCAGAGCCCAAGUCCGCUUCCCAAGCAACAAAGGAGAAUGUCAGAAAAGUUGCACCAGCACCAACAGAAGGUGGUCAGGAUGGACGAGACGGGAAGAAGACACUCCGACAGAGGGCUAUGGACAAGUUGCAGGAGAAUCCAAGCCAGUUAGGUGAUCCGAUCAGCUUAAAGGCUGAGACAGCGGAUAGUGAGCCAACGGAUAACGAUCGAGGCGCUGGUGGUAGUACAAGCGGAAAGUCUAAGCUGUAA